UAGGCCAACCCUCCCAUCUCUCUCUGUCUCCUCCCUUCACAAACCCUCUCUCUCUCUCUCUCUCUCUCUCUCUCUCUGCGUUCGGUUUCGGCACUUCCUCCACUGCUCCUCCCCUGUGCUCUCUUCGCUUUAAAGAACUCGCUUUUAUAUACGUUUUCCCCACCUUUUCUCCGCUUUUGGAACUAGAAAACAGCGCUUCUAUUAUUUUUUUUGCUCGCUUCUCUCACACAGUGGGUUUUCUUGAAUGAGGUUAUGGCUGGCUUGGAUCUGAGCACCGCUACAAGGUACGUCCACCACCACCAUCUUCACCUCGCCCACCACCUUAACCCGAGCUCAGAGGAUGACAACAAUAACAGCAGCAGUGCUAAGAUCGAGCAUGGCCAAUUCAGCGGCGCCGCGGAAAGCGACGACUCGCCGUUCACGCCCGAUCAGGGGGCUGCUCAAGGCGGCGCGGCGGGCCGGCGCCCCCGGGGCCGCCCCCCGGGCUCCAAGAACAAGCCUAAGCCCCCGGUGAUCAUCACCCAGGAGAGCGCCAACACUCUCCGUGCUCACAUCCUCGAGGUCGGCGCCGGAUGUGACGUCUUCGACUGCAUCGCCACCUACGCCCGACGCAGGCAGCGCGGCGUCUGCGUCCUCAGCGGGAGCGGGAUCGUCACCAACGUCACCCUCCACCAGCCCUCCGCGUCCGGUGGCGUGGUCACCCUCCAAGGCCGCUUCGAGAUCUUAUCGCUCUCGGGGUCCUUCCUUCCGCCACCCGCUCCUCCCGGGGCUACUAGCCUCACCAUCUUCCUCGCCGGUGGACAAGGCCAAGUGGUCGGCGGCAACGUCGCCGGAACGCUGCUUGCGGCCGGCCCGGUUCUUGUGAUCACUGCUUCCUUCACCAACGUCGCAUAUGAGCGGCUCCCGCUAGAGGAGGAAGAAUCCCCGCCGCUGCAGAUGCAGCCACCAGCGCCACAAGGAUCAGGAGGAGACGGAGGGAGCGGCGGAGCGGGAGGCAGUCCCUUCCCUGACCCGUCAUCGAUCUUACCAUUGUUCAACUUGCCGCUCAACAUGACAAAUAGCCAAUUGCCGGCGGACGGGCACGGUUGGGCGGGGGAAGCAACCGCAACCAGGCGGCUACCUUUCUGAUAUGGAUGGACAUGAUGUGCCUGCUGCAGCAAAGGUUAGCAUGCGCACUCGAGGAUUUCCGUGCAACAACUACUCAGCUUGUUUCAUUUCUUCUCGACUGGUUCCGAUCUUUUGCUCUCUUUCUUGGGAUUUCUGAUGUCUUGUCUUCUCUGUCGCCUCGUCUACUUCAUCUUCCACUGUUGUGUGUUGUUUUUGCUGUUGUUGUUCGUGGAAGUACUCUCUCUGUUAUAAAUACACUUGUUUAGUACUGUUA